AUGUCAUCAUCGAAGUUAUGCAAUUCUCGGUACUCGAAGCUUGAGAAAGCUGACAUCCUUGAGAUGACCGUAAGAUUCCUCAGUGAUAUUCCCGCUGCUCAGAAAAAAAGUACAUCAGACAGCUACAAAGAAGGGUACAAAGCCUGCCUGCAGCGCGUUACCGCUCUGAUCCCCAAAACGAACCUGGACAAAGACUCGUGCCAGCGGUUGAACGACUUCAUCCAGCAGUCCAUGUCUGCGUCCGUCGACCCAGCUUGUCAGAACUGUUGCGCCCAGAGCUCCAGGGCUUUCCCCCAGAUUCAGCAGAGACUCCUGAGCCUCAAAGCCAACGUUGGCUCCAGAAUCGAGAACCACUCGAACUCGCUUCCCAACCGGCCCCAGCCAGUGCCACAAACUGUCAAUGCUAACAUGUGGAGACCCUGGUAGAUUCAAGAAGCCAUAACGCCAAUGUAAAUUGUAUGAUAUGUACAUGUCGGGGAGACGUCUCUUGUACAUAUGUAUUUAUCAAUACUAGGCUAUAGAGAUGCAUGCAUUGCCAUAUUCUCUUGAUGAAAAGCUAUACUUCAUCGUUAAAUCAUGUUAGUUAAGUAUUAUAUACUGAAGUAAUUACACACGUCUUCUGUCUUGUAAAUGGACAAGUUUGAAGACAUUCUUAUUAUUUAAGAUCUGCAUGGAUUUUAUUUGCUAUAUUUAGUCCUCUUUGGGGGUUAAAUGAUAAAAGGGCCACUGAAAACGCCUUUGUAAACCCAAGGGGUUAUUAAAUGUAUGUCAUUUGCGCUUUCGACUUCAGUAUUCUGGGUCUGUGCAGAUAAACGAUAUGUAAGCACGUUGUGUUAUGUUUCUUAAAAACGUAAAAUGUCUCUUUUUAGGGAUGUAUUUGUAUUACCAUUACGCAUUGUACAUAUAUUUAACUCCAA